AUGACACAAAUGGACACCCCAAAGCCGGAUACCCCAGAGCCGGACUCCCCAAAGCCGGACCCUCUCGACCUGCCACCGAUGACCGACCCUACAGCUGAAGGACUCGAUGAUAGCAGCCCCAUCACCAAAACCAGCCCCGGCAUCGAAACCUCCAAGGAGGAGGACUCAUUGACCGCUAAGCUCGUCGAAGGCUCUUUCUCCUCCGGCUCCGAGGAUGUAGAUGAUAUAGUCGAUGCCAAAAAAGCUGUCUCUCCUCUUGUUCCCGAGAUAGUGCCGACUGCCGGCUUCUCUCAAUUCAGUCGACACAGCCCUCAGAAGAAGAAGGGUUCCUCCUCUGUUGGAUCUGUUGGUGGACCUAUCGGCAGUGGACGACCUGUCGCCAGUGGAUCCGGAGAUGGCAGUACGGUGACGAAGUCUGACUCUGAUGCCAAUGUCGACGACAAGAAUUAGGGGGCUGGCAAGGGUGGAGCUGACAGCUUGAAGGACGAGGCACGGUCGUGCUAGCAGACAUGCAGACAGGACGGGUUCUAAGUUUACACGAGAAAGUUUGGUAUGGUAUUAAUUAUGGCGUUGAUUAUUACUGGCACAAUUGCAAGGAGCGAACAGAAGCGG